AUGAUCAAAAAAACUUUGGGUGUGACUUCUGCUCGCAUCUUCUUCUCCAAACACCCAUCAACGACCUCUCUUCAUCUUCAUAGCCUCUGCUUCUCAUUCUCUGUCUCCGCAAUUCGCUGCUCUGAGCUCUCCGUAUCGGAUUGCCGGAAAUUCUCUAUGAUGGCCAGUGGAAGCGGCGGCGAGGACUUUGUAAAAGGAAAUUUAUAUCCAAAUGGCGUCGCUUUCAUCACUCUUGAUAGACCUAAAGCUCUCAACGCCAUGAAUCUAGAAAUGGAUUUGAAGUACCAAAGCUUGCUUGACAAAUGGGAAUCUGAUCCACAAGUCAAAUGUGUUGUCAUCGAAGGCAGCACUCCUCGAGCCUUUUGUGCAGGGAUGGAUAUUAAAGGAGUUGUUGCAGAUAUCCUAAUGGACAAAAACAAAACUGCUGUGAUAAAGGUAUUUACAGCUGAGUAUACCCUGAUAUGCAAGAUUGCUGGAUACAAAAAGCCAUACAUUUCUUUGAUGGAUGGAAUAACGAUGGGAUUUGGACUUGGUCUUUCUGGACAUGGGCGCUAUCGUGUGAUAACAGAGAGAACGGUCCUCGCAAUGCCAGAAAAUGGAAUCGGCUUGUUUCCAGAUGUUGGGUUUUCAUAUAUAGCAGCUCAAAGCCCUGGCCGAGGAUCUGUUGGUGCUUACCUUGGUAUGACUGGGAGAAGGAUAUCCACGCCUUCAGAUGCACUGUUUGUGGGUCUCGGGACACAUUAUGUACCAUCAGGGAAGCUAGGUUCACUCAAAGAAGCCCUUUUGUCAGCUCACCUGUCCAAUGAUCCUCAUCAAGACAUCCAAGAAACUCUAUCAGAAUACAGCAUCGAACCUGAUUCUGAAGCACACCUCAAAAUGAUUUUGCCUCAAAUAGAAUCAUCUUUUAGUGGAAGCAAGUCUGUUAAAGAAACAAUCCAAGAGCUUAAGAAGCACCAGCAGAGCCCUGAGGCUUCAGUUGCAGAAUGGGCUAAUGAAGCACUCCAAGGCCUUGGGAAAGGAGCUCCGUUUUCUCUUUACCUAACACAAAAGUACUUCUCCAAAGUUGCUUGUGGAAAGGGCAAAACCGACAACGAGAUGUCAACGCUUAAUGGUGUGAUGAAAACUGAGUACCGUAUUGCUCUAAGAUCGGCCUUGCGUGGGGAUUUCACUGAAGGUGUUAGAGCAGUCUUGAUCGACAAGGACCAGAACCCGAAAUGGAAACCAGAAAGCUUAGAUGAGGUAGAUGAAAGUGAAGUGGAGGGUCUCUUUGGGCCAUUAAGUCCUGUAUGUGAAGAGCUUAACGUAUGA